AUGACAAUCAAGACACGGCUCGUCUGCGGUUUCCAUCUCGAAGAGCCGUCCGCAACAUAUGGGCCCAGGCGAACAUGCACGACAUGGAGUCAAGCCCGGAGGCACACGUGGCUGCCCCUGUGCUCGUACAAUACCGACCGAGGGACACCCCCCAGUAAAAUGGUCGACUACUGUCUGUCAAUUCAGCCCCGCGAGACUCGCCACCGAGAAGCCAUCGAACACAUCCGAGCCUCGCGCCCGGGCUGCUCCAUCAACCACAGCGACUAA